AAUCAUCUGCUCCCUCCUCCUCCACACCUUUCUUUUUCUCCUCUUGCCCAGUUUCUCAUCCCACCCUUUCUUCCUCCUCCUCCUCCUCCUCCCUCUACUCCCCCCCUCCUUUUCUCUUAAGUUAGUUCAAGAAAUCAAAUCUGUCAGGACGGGCGGAAAAAUGCCACUUCCCGACUAACAGGCGGAAUCCAGCCCAGAUUUUCAGUCCUUUCUUCUUAUUCUUUCUUCCCUUUCACUAAUUUAUCCCGAUGUUAGCACAUUCUGUCUCGUUACUAGCGGACGCCUGUAGGUUUGCUACAUGGGAUCAUUACUGAUCACGGUGACUCUGAAGUCUGGAACUGAAGGCGGAAUGAGAAGUUGGGAAAACUUUUUUCUCUAAACUCUCUGUUUUUUAAAAAACUAUUAUUCUCGAUGCUUGUUAAGAGGAAAAAAAAACCUUUGGUGCUUCUGUUGUGAAUGUGAAACAUUAUUUUCCAGCUGUACAGUGACACAUUUUUUUAAGGAGAAAAGGACUGAUUCGUUUGCCAAAAGGGGGGUGGGGAGGUGGAAUAAUGUUAUCGAGUGAUUAUUCUGGCUGAGAUGUGUUAUUUGGUUUCUUCCUUCUUGAUCAUUUGGUGUUUAAGUAAAAUGAGGCACAGGCUUGUUUGCCGAGUGGAGUGGGAAAGGCAUUUUGAUUUGCUGGCCUAAUUAAAAAAUGAUAAAGGAUUAAAAGGAAAAGGUGGACCUGGACUGAGGGUGUAAAAUCCCUGGACACAUUCGUGAGGCAGGAAAAAGAAGAGGAAGAUUAGAAGAUUUUUUUUUUUCUUUGAGAGAAAGCCCAGCGGAGAUAAACGAAUGUCCCCUCAUCUCCAAAGGAAAGUUCAUCGGAUUUUUAUUCUAGAGAGCUCAUCUUCAGGAUGUCAGUGAACAUUUCUACUGCAGGAAAAGGUGUGGAUCCAAAUACAGUUGAUACUUAUGACAGUGGCGAUGAUUGGGAAAUCGGGGUUGGAAAUUUAAUAAUUGAUUUGGACGCUGAUUUGGAGAAGGACAGACAGAAAUUUGAGAUGAAUAAUUCCACCAACACCACUAGUAGCAGCAACUCCAAGGAUUGUGGAGGUCCGGCCUCCAGUGGGGCUGGUGCUACUGCAGCCCUAGCUGAUGGCCUAAAAUUUGCUUCUGUUCAGGCCUCUGCUCCCCAGGGGAAUUCACACAAAGAGACCAGCAAAUCAAAAGUGAAAAGGAGUAAAACUUCUAAGGAUGCUAAUAAAUCUCUGCCUUCUGCUGCCUUGUAUGGGAUUCCCGAGAUCAGCAGCACUGGCAAGAGGCAGGAAGUCCAAGGGCGCCCUGGAGAGGCAACUGGCAUGAAUUCAGCGCUGGGUCAAAGUGUGAGCAGCGGCGGCAGCGGCAACCCAAACAGCAAUAGUACCAGCACCAGCACCUCUGCCGCCACCGCGGGGGCAGGCUCCUGUGGGAAAAGCAAAGAGGAGAAGCCAGGUAAAAGCCAGAGCAGCCGAGGCGCCAAGCGGGAUAAGGAUGCGGGGAAAUCCAGGAAGGACAAGCACGACCUGCUUCAGGGCCACCAGAAUGGCAGUGGCAGCCAGGCCCCUUCCGGGGGGCACCUCUAUGGCUUUGGGGCCAAGAGCAAUGGCGGUGGCGCGAGCCCCUUCCACUGCGGGGGCACUGGGAGUGGCAGCGUCGCCGCUGCAGGGGAAGUUAGCAAAAGUGCCCCGGAUUCAGGGCUCAUGGGAAACUCUAUGUUGGUAAAGAAGGAAGAGGAGGAGGAGGAGAGCCACAGGCGAAUCAAGAAACUGAAAACUGAGAAGGUUGAUCCCCUGUUUACAGUGCCAGCGCCACCACCGCCGAUUUCCAGCAGUCUCACGCCUCAGAUUCUACCCUCCUACUUUUCCCCAUCUUCAUCCAAUAUUGCAGCACCGGUUGAACAGCUUUUGGUUCGGACUCGUUCUGUGGGUGUCAAUACGUGUGAAGUUGGAGUAGUGACAGAGCCAGAGUGUCUUGGGCCCUGUGAACCUGGGACCAGUGUGAAUUUGGAAGGGAUCGUGUGGCAUGAAACAGAAGAAGGUGUCCUAGUGGUCAAUGUCACGUGGAGGAACAAAACGUACGUGGGAACCCUACUGGACUGCACCAAGCACGACUGGGCCCCUCCCAGGUUUUGUGAGUCACCAACAAGUGACCUGGAGAUGAGAGGGGGCCGGGGCAGAGGGAAGAGAGCAAGGUCUGCCGCUGCUGCCCCCGGCUCUGAGGCCAGCUUCACGGAGUCCAGAGGGCUGCAGAACAAGAACAGAGGGGGGGCCAAUGGGAAAGGGAGGCGGGGCAGCCUCAAUGCCAGCGGACGAAGGACACCCCCAAAUUGUGCUGCUGAGGACAUCAAAGCCAGCCCUUCCUCCACCAACAAAAGGAAAAACAAGCCUCCAAUGGAGCUGGACCUGAACUCCAGCUCUGAGGACAAUAAGCCUGGGAAGCGUGUCCGCACAAAUUCCAGAAGCACUCCCACUACCCCUCAAGGGAAACCAGAGACUACUUUUUUGGACCAAGGCUGCUCUUCUCCAGUGUUAAUCGACUGUCCCCACCCGAACUGCAACAAAAAGUACAAGCACAUUAAUGGCCUGAGGUACCACCAGGCUCAUGCACACUUAGACCCAGAAAACAAGCUGGAGUUCGAGCCUGACAGCGAGGACAAGAUCUCGGACUGCGAGGAAGCAUUGAGUAAUGUGGCACUUGAAUGCAGUGAGCCAAGCACAAGUGUAUCUGCUUAUGACCAGGUGAAGGCACCGGCAUCCCCUGGUGCUGGAAACCCGCCUGGGACCCCAAAGGGAAAGAGAGAACUGAUGAGCAAUGGCCCAGGUUCCAUUAUUGGUGCUAAAGCUGGGAAGAAUUCUGGCAAAAAGAAGGGCCUUAACAAUGAACUGAACAACCUUCCAGUGAUCUCCAACAUGACGGCUGCGUUAGACAGUUGCUCAGCAGCAGACGGCAGUUUGGCUGCUGAGAUGCCUAAGCUGGAAGCAGAAGGAUUAAUUGACAAGAAAAGUUUAGGAGAUAAAGAAAAGGGCAAAAAGGCUAACAACUGCAAAAUGGACAAAAACCUCUCUAAACUGAAAAGUGCCCGGCCCAUUGCCCCUGCCCCAGCCCCCACUCCGCCACAGCUAAUCGCUAUACCCACUGCAACCUUUACAACCACCACCACUGGGACAAUACCCGGACUGCCCUCCCUCACAACAACUGUUGUUCAGGCUACACCAAAGAGUCCUCCGUUAAAACCCAUUCAACCAAAGCCCACGAUUAUGGGAGAGCCCAUCACCGUGAACCCAGCUCUGGUGUCACUCAAAGACAAAAAGAAAAAGGAGAAGCGAAAGCUAAAGGACAAAGAAGGGAAAGAGACGGGAAGCCCAAAAAUGGAUGCCAAGCUGGGGAAACUAGAGGACUCCAAGGGGGCCAGCAAAGAUUUACCUGGGCAUUUUUUAAAGGAUCAUCUCAACAAGAAUGAAGGGCUGGCAAAUGGACUGUCCGAGUCUCAGGAGAGCCGCAUGGCCAGCAUCAAAGCUGAGGCCGAUAAGGUUUACACUUUCACAGACAACGCUCCCAGCCCUUCCAUAGGGAGCGCCUCGAGGAUGGAAUGCAGCACUUUGGUGAACGGGCAGGCACCAAUCGCACCUCUGCAUGUGUUGACCCAGAAUGGGGCAGAGAGUUCAGCUGCAAAGACAAGCAGCCCGGCCUAUUCAGACAUAUCCGAUGCUGCUGACGAUGGUGGUUCCGACAGCAGGUCAGAGGGCAUGAGAUCAAAGGCCAGUUCCCCAUCAGAUAUUAUUUCUAGUAAGGACAGUGUGGUAAAAGGGCAUUCUUCAACUACAGCACAAUCAUCUCAACUGAAAGAAUCCCAUUCUCCCUAUUACCACGGCUAUGAUCCUUAUUAUUCUCCAAGUUACAUGCAUCCAGGGCAGGUCGGCGCCCCUGCAGCUGGAAAUAGUGGGAGCACGCAGGGAAUGAAGAUCAAGAAGGAGUCUGAGGAAGAUGCUGAAAAGAAAGACAAGGCAGAGCAGUUAGAUUCUAAGAAAGUGGACCACAAUUCUGCAUCCUUACAGCCUCAGCACCAAUCGGUGAUCACACAAAGACAUCCUGCCCUGGCUCAGUCACUUUAUUAUGGCCAGUAUGCCUAUGGACUCUAUAUGGACCAGAAGUCUCUGAUGGCCACCAGCCCUGCCUAUAGACAGCAAUAUGAGAAGUACUAUGAAGAUCAGAGGCUGGCAGAGCAGAAAAUGGCCCAGACUGGGAGAGGAGACUGUGAAAGGAAAAGCGAGCUCCCCUUGAAAGAGCUGGGCAAGGAGGAAACUAAACAGAAAAACAUGCCAUCGGCCACAAUCUCAAAAGCUCCCUCUACUCCGGAGCCUAACAAAAACCAUUCUAAACUAGGGCCAUCAGUGCCUAAUAAAACUGAGGAGACAGGUAAAUCACAGCUUCUCUCCAGUCACCAGCAGCAGCUUCAGGCCGACAGCUUCAAAGCUAAGCAGAUGGAAAACCACCAGCUUAUUAAGGAGGCUGUAGAAAUGAAGUCUGUCAUGGACUCUAUGAAGCAGACAGGUGUAGACCCAACCUCGAGAUUUAAACAAGAUCCAGAUUCAAGAACAUGGCAUCAUUAUGUAUACCAGCCCAAAUAUCUGGAUCAGCAAAAGUCAGAAGAACUUGAUAGAGAGAAGAAAUUAAAAGAGGAUAGUCCAAGGAAAACUCCUAAUAAAGAGAGUGGUGUGCCCAGCCUUCCUGUAUCGUUAACGAGCAUUAAAGAGGAGCCCAAAGAGGCCAAGCGUCCUGAUUCUCAAUCAAUGGAGGAGAGCAAGCUGAAAAAUGAUGAUCGAAAGACUCCUGUGAACUGGAAGGACUCUCGGGGAACAAGAGUGGCUGUCUCCUCACCCAUGAGUCAGCAUCAGUCAUACAUACAGUACUUGCAUGCUUAUCCUUACCCACAGAUGUACGACCCCAGCCAUCCUGCAUACCGGGCUGUUUCUCCCGUCCUAAUGCACAGUUAUCCUGGGGCCUAUCUCUCUCCAGGAUUUCAUUAUCCUGUUUAUGGGAAGAUGUCAGGGAGAGAAGAGACAGAGAAAGUCAAUACCAGCCCUAGCAUCAACACGAAAACAACCACUGAAUCUAAAGCACUGGAUUUGCUCCAGCAGCAUGCUAACCAAUACCGCAGCAAGUCUCCUGCUCCUGUGGAAAAGGCUACAGCUGAGCGGGAACGGGAGGCGGAAAGGGAAAGGGAUCGCCACUCCCCGUUCGGCCAGCGGCACCUGCACACGCAUCACCACACCCACGUUGGCAUGGGUUACCCGCUCAUCCCGGGUCAAUAUGACCCUUUUCAAGGCUUGACCUCUGCUGCCCUUGUUGCCUCACAGCAGGUGGCUGCCCAGGCAUCUGCAUCUGCAAUGUUUCCUGGACAAAGAAGAGAAUAACAAGAUUGGAAAUGUACAUUGUCAUGUGACUGGAUCACAUGGGGAAGCGCUUUAUACAGACAUCAGUUCCAUGGUGUUAAUUUGAAAUGCCUUAAUGGCAGGCAAAAACCAGUCAUUUCAUUUUUGUAAAUUACAGAUUUUAUCACAGAGUAACAAAUGUUGCUGUAAUUAAACUUCUGUUUUAUAUAUAUAUACGUAUACAUAUCUGUAUAUAUACAUAUAUAUAUAUAUAAAAAUAUAAAUAUAUUCUUUACUUUUUGUAUCAGUAACCAGGCUCGCACACACAGGGUCUGCUGCCACGUUGCAAACCACUCAGUAAAGGAAAUUAAAAAUGUAUUUGUCAUGUUGAAAAGUGUUAGCCACAAAAGGCUACUUACUUUCUUUUCCUUUUCCUUUAAAAUUGUAAAUAAAUAAUGUUAUGUAUCAGUGUGCCUGAACCUUGCAUAUCCUUCACAUAUUUCCCAUAAGCCCCUCAGAAAGGCUAACUGUGAUGAUGACACUUUGGUACAAUUUAGAUGUCUAUUUGGUGGCUCCUGUUAAAGACGCAUCAGUGUAAAAUGUUCCUGUAGUCACUGUUUGUACUUGUGUAUUGUGGAAAAAGUACUUUUGGAAGGCAUGGGGUUGCCAGUACCACAAAAACUGUGUUGUACAUAAUGUAAAGAUUAAAAUGGGGAAAUAAUGAGCAUCUGUGAAUAAUGAGGUGUCAUUUUUUGAUAAUCUUGAAUGGCAAAUAACCCAAUAGCCUGCGUACCAGAGACAUCUGUGAUUGUUCUAUUACUUGAAUAGUUCUACAGUCUUUUUUUUUUUUUUUUUUUUUUUAAUGUUUACAAUUAUCCAGUUUUAGAGGAGAGAGACUUUAACGCCAUUGCCUGGUUACUUGUUUUAUGCUGUAAUCUAGUUUAUUUUAUGUAAAAUGUAUAUUGAAUGCUUUCCUUUUUUAUACCUGCCUUAAAUAAUUUGGCAAUCAGAAUUAAAAAGUUUUUUUUUUUUAAAUAA